CUUUUAGGGGAGGGGUGGGGUGAAAGCGUCGUUGUAUCUCCCCAAGAGUUGCUCCCCUCGUGGUUGCAGGGGGUAAAGCAGCAGUGCUGGGGUCUUGUGGAAUUACUCUAGGCACUCAGACGGUUAUUAUCCAGAGUCUGUCUGCUGGAGAAAUCUUUUCCUAGUACUAGCUCCACUCCCUGCAGGCGGAGGCGCGGGGAGGAGGAAGUCGUCACCACCUCCCUGGAGUGCUGCGUUCGGCGGGGGAGGUGGAGGUAGGAGGGAGUGAGGUUCAACAUGAUGGCGGCUGAGGCUGGAGCUGAGGAGGGCGGCUCGGUUACCGCUGCCGGGAUGGUGGGAGCCGUUGGCGGAGCUGAGUCGGAGCACUACCCCACGUUAUGCCGGGGCAAGGAGCUGGGGUCGCAGGGCCCCUUCCUGGUGGGCUCUGGCGGGGAUAGCCUGGGCGCUGGCGGUCCGGCUUUGUGCUCGUCGCUGGGGCUCCUGGCGUUAAGCUCCGUGCCUGCCUCUCUGGCGUCCAGAGACGCACUUUCAGCAACUGAACAAAGGCCGGAGGUGUCCGGAGGGUUGCUGCUCCCACCCAAACCCAGCACUGUCGCCUUUCCCCCGCUGCCGCCGCCGCCACAGCCACCUUCCUUGGCGGGGGGGCUGGGGAUUGUGGAUGAAGGCGACUCGUUGGAUGGGCCCGAGUAUGAAGAGGAGGAGGUGGCCAUCCCGCUCAACGCUCCCCACACAAACCAGUGGUAUCAUGGAAAACUCGACAGAACAAUUGCAGAAGAACGUCUUUGGCAAGCGGAAAAACCUGGAAGUUACCUUAUUCGAGAGAGUGAUCGGAGACCGGGUUCAUUUGUGCUUUCGUUCCUUAGUAAAACAAGUGUCAAUCAUUUUAGGAUUAUUGCCAUGUGUGGAGAUUAUUACAUUGGUGGACGUCGCUUUGCUUCACUCUCAGACCUAAUUGGCUAUUACAGUCAUGUGUCUUGUUUACUUAAGGGGGAAAAACUAUUCUUUCCAGUAGCACCUCCAGAGCCUGUGGAAGAUAGAAGGAGAGUUCGAGCAAUUCUACCUUACACCAAAGUGCCAGAAACUGAUGAAAUAAGUUUCCUUAAAGGAGAUAUGUUUAUUGUGCAUAAUGAAUUGGAAGAUGGCUGGAUGUGGGUUACAAACCUACGGACAGAUGAACAAGGUCUUAUAGUAGAAGACCUGGUAGAAGAAGUAGGAAGAGAAGAAGAUCCACAUGAAGGCAAAAUAUGGUUCCAUGGGAAGAUCUCUAAACAAGAAGCUUACAAUUUGCUGAUGACAGUUGGUCAGGUGUGCAGUUUUCUUGUGAGGCCUUCAGAUAAUACACCUGGUGAUUACUCACUUUAUUUUCGGACCAGUGAAAAUAUUCAGCGUUUUAAAAUAUGUCCAACAUCAAGCAAUCAGUUUAUGAUGGGAGGCAGAUAUUAUAAUAGUAUUGCAGAGAUCAUUGAACAUUAUAGAAAAGAACAGAUUGUUGAAGGAUAUUACCUUAAAGAUCCUGUUCCAAUGCAGCAUCAAGAACAAGUGUUUAAUGAUACAGUCGAUGGAAAAGAAAUCUACAAUACAAUUCGUCGCAAAACAAAGGAUGCUUUUUAUAAAAAUAUUGUCAAAAAAGGAUAUCUUCUAAAAAAGAGUAAAGGAAAGAGAUGGAAAAACUUGUACUUUAUAUUGGAGGGAAAUGAUGCCCAGCUUAUUUAUUUUGAAAGUGAAAAACGAGCCACAAAACCUAAAGGAUUAAUAGACCUUAGUGUUUGUUCGGUCUAUGGAGUACAUGACAGUUUAUUUGGCAGGCCAAACUGUUUUCAGAUAGUAGUUCAGCACUUCAGUGAAGACCAUUACAUCUUUUACUUUGCAGGAGAAACUCAAGAACAAGUGCAGGACUGGAUGAAGGCUCUGCAGAUGUUUUGCAGUUUAAGGAAAAACAGUCCAGGGACAUCAAAUAAACGUCUGCGUCAGGUCAGCAGUCUUAUCUUGCAUGUAGAAGAAGCUCAUACGCUCCCAGUAAAACAUUUUACUAAUCCAUAUUGUAACAUCUACCUGAACAGUGUCCAGGUAGCAAAAACACAUAUCAGGGAAGGUCAGAACCCUGUAUGGUCAGAAGAAUUUGUCUUUGAUGAUCUUUCAUCUGAUAUUAAUAGAUUUGAGAUAAGUCUUAGUAACAAAACAAAGAAAAGUAAAGAUCCAGAUAUAUUGUUUAUGCGUUGCCAAUUAAGCCGAUUACAGAAAGGACAUGCAACAGACGAGUGGUUUCAACUCAGUUCACAUAUACCACUGAAAGGUAUUGAGCCAGGAUCUUUGCGUGUUCGAGCACGAUAUUCUAUGGAGAAGAUCAUGCCAGAAGAGGAGUACAGUGAGUUUAAAGAGCUCAUACUCCAGAAAGAGAUGCAUGUAGUCUAUGCCUUAUCACAUGUUUGUGGCCAGGAUAGAACACUGUUGGCUGGGAUUUUAUUGAAGAUAUUUCUUCAUGAAAAGCUUGAGUCACUAUUGUUACGAACACUAAAUGACAGGGAAAUAAGCAUGGAAGAUGAAGCUACUACUUUGUUUCGUGCCACCACUUUAGCAAGUACACUUAUGGAGCAAUAUAUGAAAGCCACAGCAACACGUUUUGUUCAUCACGCACUAAAAGACAGUAUAUUAAAGAUAAUGGAGAGCAAGCAGUCCUGUGAGUUAAAUCCUUCGAAGUUAGAAAAAAAUGAAGAUGUAAACACUAAUUUGGCACAUCUACUCAGUAUACUUUCAGAAUUGGUGGAGAAAAUAUUCAUGGCUGCAGAGAUACUGCCUCCGACGUUGAGAUAUAUUUAUGGAUGUUUGCAGAAGUCUGUUCAAAACAAGUGGCCAGCUAAUACAACAAUGAGAACAAGAGUUGUUAGUGGCUUUGUUUUUCUUCGACUGAUUUGUCCUGCUAUCCUGAACCCAAGGAUGUUUAAUAUCAUCUCAGAUUCUCCUUCCCCUACUGCUGCAAGAACGCUGACCCUGGUUGCCAAGUCUGUGCAGAAUUUAGCAAAUCUGGUUGAAUUUGGAGCUAAGGAGCCAUAUAUGGAGGGGGUAAAUCCAUUCAUCAAGAGUAACAAACAUCGCAUGAUCAUGUUCUUAGAUGAACUUGGGAAUGUUCCUGAGCUUCCAGACACUACAGAUUACUCUAGAACUGACUUAUCUCGUUAUCUGGCAGCCCUGCAUGAGAUGUGUGUGGCUCAUUCAGAUGAACUUCGGAUACUUAGCAAUGAGCGAGGUGUAAUGCAGCAUGUUCUUAAGAAGCUGUUGGCUAUUACAGAACUGCUUCAACAAAAGCAACAUCAAUAUUCACUGUCUAAUAACAUCAGGUAGCAGCCUUCUACCUGAAUUCUGCAUGGAUCCAGCAUGUCUAACAUGGCAACUCACACAGGUAUCACUUUUUUUGCCCUUGCCAAAAAUAGCACACUCUGUCACAUUCCCAGUGAUGUGUGAACUAUGCAAAAAAGAAAACAAAGAUUCUGUUAGCAAAUUAUUUAACCAGAAGCUCUUUAAGCUAUCUGUGCAGGAUAUUUGCACUUUUUUCCACUUGGAACCAGUUUUUACAGCCUCUGAGCCUUGGUGUACAGUUUACCUUUUGCAAAGAAAAUGCUGUGACUGUGGUGAACUUCAAAAAUUAUUUUCAAUGUCUGCAAAUGCCAAAGUUUUCCUGUCUUGUUGGAAAAGAAUUACCAACUGACAAGGAAAGAUAUGCAUUGUUUUGACAGCUACAUGUAACUGCAUAACAUUUCUUACUGUAAUUUCUGAGUGGUUACAAGUAUUAUGACUUUGACUUUUUCAAUCACUUAAACGUGUAUUUACAAUUUCCAGAGUUUGACGGUUAUGGUAAGAACAACCUUUCCUGUAUACUUUUUAUACCAUGCUGUUUCUCUUGCUGGAAUCAUGUCAAAAGAAUAUGCAGAACGGAUCUUGUCAGCUUUAUUCUUUAAUGUGCCACAGAUUCAGUCUAAAUAAUUCUUCCAUCAAGGACUAUGUAUCCAUCCAAGUAAAUCACAAUGCUUUUGUAAAAUGUUUACAAAGUGAACAAUUAGAAUUUGGUAAAUUUAUUAUCACUGUAUCAGACAUGCAUGCAUCCAUUACACCAUUUUAUAAUGUAUAUAUUGGUUGGGCUUUUGUGUAAUGUAAGGCUACCAUGAAUGUUAUACUUAAAUCUGAAAAAUAAGUUUUUAAAAUAAUCAAGCUGUCACUAGACUCUCCAUAGAAACUAACUUUGUGUUCAAGUAAUUGGAUACUGUAAAAAUGAAAUUUGGAUAACAGAUAUGGUUGGCUAUUUAUCUACUGCAUAUAAAAUGCAUUGAUGAAACUGACUGUAGAUAAAGUUGCCUUUAGGUAUAUGUCAUGGUUUGACAUUGGCCCAAUGCCAGGCACCUAUGAGAGUUGCUCCCUCACCAUCUUCUGCUACAGCUGGGCAGAGAAGGGAAAAAAAUUUACGAACAGUACAUGAGUGAGAUAAGGACUGGGAGAAAACAUUUCAAGGGCAAAACAGGCUCACCUUAAGGUUGCAAAGUGAAUUUAUUACUAACAGAAUCAGAGGAGGAUAAUGAGAAGUAAAAUAAGCCCUUAAAACACCUUUUCUUCCCCUAGCCCCUCCCUCCUUCCCACCAACAGUGCAGGGAGGCAGAACAUGGGAGUUUUGGUCAGUUCACCACGGAGAUUUUCUUCCGCUGCUCUGGGAGAGGAAUCCUUCCCCUGUAAGACCAUGGGGUACCUCCCACAGGAGACAGUUCUCAAUGAACUUCUCCAUCAUGGGUCCGAUCUCACGAGUAGCAGCCAUACUGUACCUGCUGCAGCAUGAAUUCCUCCCUCAGGCACACAGUCCUCCCAAAACUACUGUGAUGUGGGUCUCUCUUUCCAUGGGGUGCAGUCCUCCAAGGACAGGCUGCUCCAGCCUGGAAGCAAGGGCCUCCUCUCUCUACCGGGUCUUCCACUGGAUCACAGCCUCCUCCAGGCAUCCACCUCCUCUGGCAUGGGCACCUCCCCCACAGGCUGCGGGUGGAUCUCUGUAUCCCCCAUGGAUCCCCAUGGGCUUCAGGGGGACAACUUGCUUCACCAUGGUCUUCACCAUGGACUGCAGAGGAAUCUCCACUCUGGCACCUGGAGCACUUCCUUCCCCUCCUUCUCCACUGACCUUGGUGUCUCAAUGUUUUUUUUCCCUAACAUGUUCUCACCUCCUCCUCUUUUCUGACUAGAAGAAAAGCUGUGUGACUUUGUUUUGAUUUUCUUCUUAAAUAUGUCAUCGCAGAGGCAUUACCAACCUCUCUCAUUGUCCCAGUUUUGGUGAGCAACAUGUCUAUCUUCAGAACCAUCAGGGAUUGGCUCUGCCGGACAUGGUGGAAGGUUCCAGCAACUUCUCACAGGACCCAUCUCUCUGUGGCCUCCCUGCUGCCAAAACCCAGGCUGUGCAAAAGCAAUACAGUAUAUAUAUUUUAAAAAUUGGCACCAUUACAUAUUUCCUAAAACAGUGUGUGAAAAUGUUGUAGUUUACCCUUUACCAGCAACUUAGGCACCACACAGCUACUUGCUCAAAUGCCAUCCCAUUCCCACCAAAAAAAAGGCAGGACCGGAGAAAAUAGGAAGAGCAAAAGCAAGAGAACUCAGGGUUUGAGAAAGAUGAAGAAAAGAAAACCACAAGUGAUGCAAAUGUAAUUUCUCAUCACCUCCCAGAAACAAACUGAUGUUCAGCCAGUCUCUGAACAACAGCUACCUCCCUCUCCCCUCACAAAAAAGAAACCCUCAUCCCUUCCCUCGAAUUCUAUUGCUGAGCAUGACAUUCUAUGGAAUGGAAUGGAAUGGAAUGGAAUGGAAUGGAAUGGAAUGGAAUGGAAUGGAAUGUCCCUUUGGCUAGUUCAGGUCAGCUGUCCCAUCUGUGUCUUUUAGGGAAAUGGGCCUCAUCUCACACUCACUUGAGGAGUUACAUUCAUACUACCUGAGACUUCAACCACUAGGACUUUGCAGUCUGUUCAUGAUGGAUGACUCCACUGAACCAAUGGGUGCCCUGUGUUGACUCCAGACACACAUACUUACAGAGACAUUUUCCCUUUUGGAAAACCCACCACCACAUUUUACCCUAGGUUUUCCCAGAGUCUCAGGCAGAAUCUAGCAAAUUAGGUUAUUUGGUACAGUGGUGAGAUACAGCUUGAGCUGGAUGCCUCAGGAGAGGGACCUUGAACAAAGAAAUCCCUGGGCAAUUAUACCCUUACAAUCCAAGUUUCCCACCCCUGACAUGACAGUUUGGUCCAAUAGUAAUAUUAUGGUAUGGGGUAGUCUUGUUCUUCAUUGGGUCUCUUCAUUGUCUCUAGGUGAGCCCAUUUCUUCUCUUACCUCUAAGGUUGCAUCUUAUGCUGACAGGGGUAGUCGCCUUCCUCACUUCCUUAUCUUCUGGCCCAAACUGGCUCUGGGGCCUCUUCUUAAGUAGGUAAAAGUUCAGUGUAUCUCGGUGUAAGUUCACAGCUUGCAGCCUGAGACUUCAGCACAUCCAGUUGCUAAUGCUAAGUGUCCUGGGGUGACUUUAUGAUGCUUGUAUCCCCAAUUGUCUGUUCUGUUUAUGCUGUAUAUUAAGUUCUACACCUUUAAGACUGGUUCUGAGAGUGAAGGGGGGGAAGAAGAAGCGUGCAGUUUGUUUGCAGAAACUGCACUCCUCCGCAUUCCGCUCCUGGACUGUGUUGUCUGCAGCACAGACAGACAGCGGGAGAGAGAUCUCCUUUGCCUUUAGUUUCUUUUUAGCUAGCUGAGGCAGAUUAUUUUUUUCCUUUUUCUUGCAACUGUUUAAACCUGUUCUGGACUGAAAAACCCAGAGAGACACCUGGGUCUUGUGCCUGCGGCCCACCGGGGCCUGGACCUUGGCAUUUUCCAGUGCCAGAGGGACUGAUAAAAGACGGAGUGGGAGAGCUGAGCUACAACCCACGGCAAGGACUUUCUCAAUUUUGCCGUUUCUCUUCAGAAUGGCAAGAGGUUUUAUUGUUUCAUAUUAUUCAUUCUUUAUGCUUGUGGACACUUUGUUUGUUAAAUAAAUAGGUUUUUUCCACUUUUCUCCAAGGAAAUUCUUUCCCGGAUCAGUUGAGGGAAGGGCCAUUUGGGUUUGCUUUCCAGAGGGACCCCAUUCAGAGGUUUCUUCCCAAAUUUGCCCUAAACCAGGACAGUAAGUUACACAAGCUACUAGGUUUUUUAUUUCUUUACAGUGUCCCCUCCAAACACUCACUCCCCAGCCUAUUUCCCAGUGGGAUGCAGUAGCCAAGAGGGUGUGGAGCCUAGAGCUGUGUGGCUGUGUCUAGGUUGCUAUUCCAUACCAUUCGCAUCAUCCUUGGGGGGUGGAAGUAAGGGACUCACUUCCGGAAGGAGGGGGUGGGGGGGGGGCGGGGCAUGGCUUUGGGUGGAAGAAAAACAUGCCACAUGCAGGGGUCAUCACCAUUUUGUUCCUUUUUCCAGCAGAGUAAGUGGCGAAUGGAGAGGCAGGGCGGCUUCAGUUGCUGUCAUGUCGCAUUGGGUCAGACUCAGUGAACAUUUUUGCAUGUAAUCACCCUCUUACAUACACUGUUGUUAUUAGCAUUAUAGCUGUUACUGUUCGUUUUCUUAUCUCAUUGCUGUUUCCAGUAAAUUGUUCUUAUCUCAA